AUUCCUGCCCUGAUAGGCCCAGCUAUGGCCUCUGCUAAAAUUGUUCAGCUGCAGUCCCUCAAGCCCGAUCUCCACGAGCGUGCCUGGGUAUCGAUACCGCAUCCGAAUCUCCCUCUGAUUGCAACCGCUCACGGAAAGAAUGUCACCGUCUUCUCCCUGUCCACGCUUUCUUUGCACAGCGUGUUAGCCGAUGGCCACUCACGUUCCGUCCGGAGCGUUGCGUGGAAGCCUAGCCUGCCGCCGAAUAAUCUAUGCCUCAUCACAGGCAGCUUCGAUUCCUCCGCCGGCGUGUGGCGCUGGGCCAACGGGGAUGAUGAGAGCGCCGACUAUUCUGCCGAUGACCUUAGCCAGGACAUGACGAGAGGGAUUACGAAGGAAGAUUCUGCCAAGGCUGGCGACUGGGACUAUAACCUUGUGCUUGAGGGCCACGACUCGGAAAUCAAAGGCUGUGCUUUUUCUCCAUCUGGCGCUUACCUCGCAACCUGCUCGCGUGACAAAUCUAUUUGGAUUUGGGAAGACAUAGCCAGUGCUGAGUCCGAGGACGACUGGGAAACGAUUGCGGUUCUCAACGAGCAUGAGGGAGAUGUAAAAGCCGUAGCCUGGUGUCCUGACGUCCCCGGGCGCAAUAACAUUGGGCAGCGCUAUUACAGCGUCGAUGUGCUCGCCAGCGCCAGCUAUGAUAAUACGGCACGCAUCUGGCGCGAAGACUCUGAUGGGGAAUGGGUUUGCGUUGCUGUCCUACAAGGACACCAGGGAACGGUCUGGGGAGUAGAAUGGGAGCCACGGCCAAUGAAUGAUGCAUUUCCCAGACUCCUGACAUUUUCGGCCGAUGGAACUAUCCGUGUAUGGACGCUUGAGCAAGGAGAGGAUGGUGCGGAUGACGGAGCGAUACCACAAGAUCGCCUAGGUGGUAUACCAAGCACAAUGAGAAGGUCCUUCAGGGAACAGUGGAAUUGCACAGCCGUGCUACCAAAGGUACACGACAAGGACGUAUAUUCAGUUACAUGGAGUGCCGAGUCUGGCCUUGUAGCUAGUACAGGCAGUGAUGGCGUUGUCGCUUUGUACAAGGAAGACAGCGACGAUGUAUCAAACUUUCGGCCUCCACCAGGAGAGAAUACCGCUGAUGGCUCUUCACGCUCGAAUCACGAUGGUUCCGCUGCCGGUGGUCCACAGUGGCAGCUUUUGACAACGGUACCCAACGCUCACGGCCCGUACGAGAUCAACCACAUCACCUGGUGUAGACGACAUGAUGCGGGAUCAACAAGGAGAGGAGAGGAGGAAAUGCUAGUCACCACAGGCGAUGACGGAGUAGUUCAGUCAUGGCAAGUUGAUGUGAAUUCUUCAUAGCCGACACAGUAAUGCAAUUUAUUGCAUUAAGGUAAUUUAAGUAUACCGGGAUUCUUGUCGAGAUGGCUAGUACCUAGUAGCUAUUUCUGUACAUAAUACAUGAUGAUAAAGAU